GUGCGUCGUCUAGGGAUGCCAAUGAAGCACGCUCGUUGUUGCAUUUUCCAAGUUCUGGCCAAAUCAUGUACGGCAACUACUCUAUGACGCCCCAUGAGUCGAUACCACCACUUCAGAGCUUGAACGAUAUUACCGAUGGCCCCCCCGGAGAUGUGUUGCCGUCUUCCAAUGACCCAGAAGUGUCACACUUGAACGCCACCACCACGCCUCAAAGGAAUAUGACUCUCGGUGUUGACGCGGAUUUCCAGUUCAAAAGCCAAGCUAUACCCAUCCAUGAAAGACGGAUCAAAGCGACCAAACAUAAAACUCCACCUGAUGCCAACGCGCUCCGAUGCAAAUAUCCCGGCUGUCGUUCCAGGCGCACGUUCAAACGCGAAUAUGAUCUUCAAAGGCACAUGAACAUGCAUGGUGGCAGAAUAACUAUCCCAUGUCAAGUCAACGGAUGCGAUAGGAGGGACCAUAAGCCAUUCUAUCGUAUCGACAAGUUAACUCAACACCUUAGGACAGCACACAGUCACGAUGAGAAUUGUACGUGCUCUGAGGUCGGGUGUCAGGCCGGCAGUUUGCCACUCGACCUUGCAAAAAUCCACGCUGUCUUCCACGUGUGGCACCCCCAAUCUUCCAAGUGUCAUCAGAUUGGUCUAGAUCCUCGAACGAAAGCACUCUAUAAAGUGGGAGACAGUUUACGCCAGUGCAGCCUCAGAAAAUGUGAGAAAUGGGUUCCCAUCGGAGAAAUGCAGGAACAUCUCCGGGGACACACAAGCAACGAGCGUCUCGAGCAAAUCUCUGUACUCAAAAAAAAUGGGCUACGAUGCAGGGACUUGCGAGGUUCUCUGCCCGAUUUGUUCUCAUAAGUCGCCUAACCGUGAGACCUUUGCUCUGCAUAUAGACGCUCACGGGGCUAGAAGCAACGAGCAUGCCAUCGCAUUGUGGAACUAUAUGGAGGCUAUAUUUCUCAAGGGGUGUAUGCCUGUUUUAUCAAAAAAUUGCUGGAAACCUUGGACCAUCCACUCUUCCGCAGACCUGAUGCUCGCCCUUCGCGAAGCAGCUUGUCCCGUAUGUGGCGACUCAAUCGGCAGAUUAGGUGAUGAAAUUUAUGGGCAUAUUUUCUUUGUG